GGGCCGCGAGCCACAUCAAGAAGCUGCAUUCUAUACUGUGGACUGGACCCUGUGUUGGUUGUCGUUCCAUCCAAGUUGGACCCUUAUUCUGCCCCAUUCGUCCAUUCCAGCCAUACAUUCCCACGGCGCUCGCUGAGGCUCGCCAUUGCCAUUAUCGAUCAGGUCGCUCGUCUGACCUGAUGGUUAUUACUUUGCACAACCACCUCACCGUUCUCCGAUCCGUCCGCCUCUGCAGGAGCCCUGAGUUAUCCUGCCUUUGUGGACUCGCCGGUGACCCAGACGAUGAUCUCCGGAACUGCCAAGCCUGGCGCGCCGUCUAAGCCAGGCCAAACGGCUCUCCCCGCUGUUGCGCCGAACAGCCAGACGAUCCUGCUUGACAAGCUGAACGCCCGGCGUUCGACCCCCGAUUCCGAGGCGCUGGCUAGCUCGGACGACGAGGUAGAUCCUCAUCGCCAGGAUUCCCAACCGCCCACGGUGCACCCGCCGAAGCCUGUUCGGCGGGCCUCUUGGUUGAACGAUACCUCCCAGGCGGUUAGCCGCCCAAGAAAGGGUUCAUUUGCCAGCAGCUCCAUGUCGCCAACAACUUCCCAUCCCACCACCCCCUCCGCCGAUCCUACGUGGGGUUCUCAUCCGACCUCCUCGGGCGUUCUGAAUCGUGGCCACGCCGGUCCGGCCUCGUUCCCCUGGGGAACUGGCAUCUGGAAUAGCGAGAGGAAGGAGCCCCCAUCGAGAUUGUCCGAAGUCCUACCAUCGCCCUCUUCCGUCAACUCGUCUGGCGCUCCAAACAACCCCAUGUACGCCGAGAUUGGACGGACACAGACUUCCCCCGCUCCUCCUCGAGAGCAAGCCUCGAACUCGCAAAUCCCGUUUGCAAUCCCCCUCCACCCAACUCCGAAAACCUACCGCUCGCAGUCCUACUCGGUAGGUCAGUUGGAGCCAGAUGCAACCUCGACGUCUAUGGGCCCAUCGACGAUGAUCGGCUCUCGAUGCAGACCAACACCCCAUUCCGGACUUCAACACCGACCAUCAAGGCCUAGUAUGCUCAGCGAGAUGGCGAACGACGGGUCUAUGUUGGGAAAGGUGAACGAGGAUGACGACGAUGACAGCACGGGUUCGAUGCAAGGAAGCCAACUUCAAUCGGUAGAGGCGGCCAAGGCGAUCGAAUAUCUUGCUCGAGAGAACGCCAUGUUGAGGCAGCAACAACAGCAGCAGCAGCAGCAACAACAGCAACAACAGCAACAACAGCAACAACAGCAGCAGCAGCAGCAGCACUAUCAGGCCUCCCGCAUGAGGCCCAGAGCCGCGAGUUCCGCAGCCUACGCGCUAGGAAAUGGCUACCUCCAGGAACCCCUUCCGGAGGAGUCAGACUAUGCUAUCGACGAACUUGACGAGUCCAAUGAUCCAUCCGACUUGGCGGCGAGGCGUGGCCUUGGACGGAGAAUGAGCGAGUUCGGCGCCGGUCCCUUCCGUUCGCCGUACUCCCUUGAGAAUCGGAAGCUGGAGACGGUUAAAAAGGCGAUCUGGCAGAGCUCGCUGGGGUUUGGUGGGCUUGGUGACAUUUCGCAGAGUAGACGACACUCGUUCGCCGACGUGGCGCCACGUCAAGGCUCGAUCGCCUCGAUUGGCGAAUCCGUGGCCCCUCACGAGCAUAGCGCUCAGGACUCGCAGCAUCCGCAAGACUUCCCUUCCCCGUAUUCCGAGAUGCCUAAUUACCCUACCAGUAACCAAGUCUCGUCCUAUUUCGCCGGAGGUCCCAACCUCGCGGGGUCGCAACAGGCCAUUGCCCAGGCCAGCUAUGGUGGCCAAUUCCCGUCCCCCUAUGCCGCGAUGCACGCGCCGUAUUCGAACAGGCCUCCCUCUCCUCACCGCAACAUGUAUGGCCUGACGCAGCCAAGGCACAACCAGCUGCUGCACGUCGUCCUCUUCAAGUGCGCGCGAGCGGACGUGUUCUACAUCCAAGAAGGGACGGGCCUGACCGUCAAGCCGGGCGAUCUUGUCAUCGUCGAAGCAGAUCGCGGCACUGACCUUGGAACCGUGGCUCGAGACAAUGUCGACUGGCAGACGGCGAAGGAGCUGAAGGAGCAUUAUGCCGAAGAACAAUACAAGUGGUUGAUGAUGUACUCUCAGAAUGCGGCGGCCGCCCAGGGUGGUUCCGGCGCCGGCCUCAUGGUCGUAUCCAACGGUAUGCAGGGCAGCGCCGUGGGCGGCAUGGGCCCGCCAAACCCGCACCAUAUGCAGGAGCCAAGUUCUGGCGAGCUGAAGCCGAAGCUGAUCAAGCGUCUGGCGCAAAGCCACGAGAUACACGCCUUGCGGGACAAGGAGGGUAAUGAGGCGAAGGCGAAGCGUGUGUGCAUGCAGAAAGUCAAGGAGCAUGGUCUCAACAUGGAGAUCCUCGAUGCUGAAUUCCAAAUGGACUGGAAGAAACUGACAUUCUACUACUUUGCCGACUCGUACAUCAACUUCAACUCACUUGUUACGGACCUGUUCAAGAUAUACAAGACGCGUAUCUGGAUGUCGGCCAUCAACCCGGCUUCCUUUGCAAGCCCGACCCUUGGCUUACAGGCACCCAGUGGAAUUGGCCCGGGAGCCGUCGGCGUCGGCCGGGGCUCGGGCCCCACGGACCGCCGUCAGAACCCCUCGGCGGCGGAGCAACAACAACAGCAACAACAACAACAACCUUCGGGCUUUCCCUCCAUGACGAACCAGGGUGGCCGCGUUGUGCGGCCCUCUAACAGCCACCCGUCUUUCCACGACUCGGCUGGCAUACCUGGAGCAAAUUUCACACCUGCAAACUACUCGUACAACCCCUACGGUAGCGCUUUCGGAGGCACUUCCCGGCAAGGCAAUUUGGCCUAUGCACCCGGCAUGAUGCAAGGCUUGGACCAAUUCCAGUCUGGUUUCCCACAGUCGGGCGAAUAUCACCUUGGCCGCGGGCGGUUCCCGACUCCACAGGCAGGAGGGGCUCAACACGACCAACCCGUGUCUCCAUUGGCACAGCAGGCUGAAUGGAUGGGCGCCUUUCAGGGUCUCUCGUUGAAUUCCCGCUAAAGUCGGAUCCCAUAAUACCUGCCACUGUUUAUAGCGACGUAUUUGCUUUCAUGCACACUGGUUCUUCUAUCUACGGAUCAUGAUGAUGUC